AUGGUUGUUGUGUUUCCGGCAAUAAUUUCUCUGGUCUUCAAUCUGCUUAUUUUUAUUCGAGUUUAUUCAUCUUCAAAACGUAUCCAGCCUGCAUCACAAACUGCUGGUACAACUGAUGCCAACGCCGGAACAAUAAAAUUAAGUCGUCGUGACCGUCAUCUACUACAACACUCAAUCAUUAUGUUUAUUGUUGUAAUGGCAGGCUGGUGCCCUACCUUUUUGAAUAUUGCUAUCGACUAUGCAUCAGUCGUAUCACCAGUCGUUUACGUCGUUUUGCAGCUUUGGUCAAUAGUUGGUGACAUGCUAAUUAUCAUCGAUUUGUUUAUAUACAAUCAUGAAUUGAAGAAGCUGAUUAGAGACAAAUUUCACAAUUUCCAUCAAAUGUUAGCACCUACUGCACAAACUUGA